AAUAAUGAAAAGCAAGAAUUUAGAUGAGUGAUUAUCCAAUACUCCAAUCUCAUGGAAUGCACUUUGAUUUUGAUCUCUCAAUCUCUUCCUCUUUUUCUCUUCUUCCAUGGCUCCUCCACCUAAUUUCUUCUUCACUCCAUGCCUCCCUCUAUUCCACCGGAUAUGACAAUGGUCGCUGCCCUAAACCACCUCUCCAAACACCCUCCUUGCGGCGGCCCAGGCGGCGGCGACCACCUCAUGAAUGGUGGCCCUCCAAUUUGUGAUCAAUAUUCUUCCUCUUCUUGCAUAGGAUCUAAUCCUCCCAUGGCGGAUGAUGAUGACUCCUCUCCUAAUUCUCUUCAUCAUCAAUCCCCUUCCAAUACUGAUCAUGAUGCUUGGCUUCAAUUAAGCAUCGGCCGUGUCGGCGUCGGUGGAGACCAAUAUGAGAUACCUCGAACCACCUCCCCUUUGGUCGAGCUAGAUCUAUUACCCGGCAGCCACCACCCUCGAGAUAUUCCAACCGAUCCUACGUGGGUUUCGAAUAUCUCGAGCCCAGAGGCUGUAAUAACAUCCAAAACGGAGACGGAGAUAGAGACAGGGAUAAGGAUGCCUUUGUGUUCUUCUUUCAAUUUGACUGAUAUCAACGUAGCUCAAACGUACCCGUCGACAUCAACCAUGUUAUCUUCUUCUUCUUUUCACUCGAGCAUACCAUCUAUCAGGGUCGACGCCAUGGCAGCCGGGACAAGCUCCGAUAUCAGAAUCAUAAACCCUCCCCGGCGACCCGGUUCGGGUAUUUGGUUUACAUUGAAAGCCUUGGAAAAUCAAAGAAAGCAACCAUUUUUGCCUCAGAUAUCAAAAAGCUAUUUAAGAAUCAAGGACGAAAAGAUCAAAGUUCGUUUGAUUAUGAAGUAUUUGGUUAAUAAGCUGAAUCUCGACACCGAAUCAGAGGUAGAGAUAAGAUGUAGAGGGCAAGAAGUGGUUCCCUUUUGGACAUUGGCGGACGUCAGAGAUAGGAUUUGGUGUAGUUCUUCAUCAGACUCACCCAUCACUUGCUCUCCUCACUCCUCAACCUUAAAUCACUUGAUGCUCCUUCACUAUGGAAGGAAGGAUUAAUUAAUUGCUUCUAAUUAUUUUUUGUAUUUGAUUACUUUUAGAUCUUGUUUUCUUCUUAAAUACGCACGUUGAAAUUGUUAUGAAAUUUUGACGUAAUUUAGGAGUUAUUUCGAGGCAGGGAACAUAUGUUAAGUCAAUUGAAUUAUGCUCAAAUUGACUUAAAAUCAUUGUAAGAAAAUAAGUCAAUUGCAGUGAUUAUAUAUUUUGAGGUAAGGCAGAGGUCAUUAACCGUUGCAACAGUUUUGCAACAAUUUAUGAACCCCUUGCUUGAAAUGCUCCAUGUCAAAUAUUUAUACAAGAAUUUGAAAUUCAGA